GGUCUAGGGACGUUUCCGCCAAUGCAAAUACGGGUAGCGUCCUGCUUACGUAAGCCGUGCGUCAUCAGUCAGCCGCAAGGGCGCGCUUGGCCGGCUUCUCUCACGAGCGUGGUUGCUCUGUUGUCGCGGCAAUGAGCUGCGCCCGGGCGGUGGCGUCUCGCUCCCUGUGGCCGGUGCGCACCUGCGGCGGCCCGCGGACCCUCUCAGCUUAUGGAAGAAGAAUCGGUGUCAGGUUUCGCAGUUCAGGAAUGAUCUUAGACAGCGGCAGUCAGACGGCGGUGGGUCGAAUACUCCGGGUGGAUCACGCAGGUGAAUACGGAGCGAACCGCAUCUACGCAGGGCAGAUGGCCGUCCUGGGUCGGUCGAGCGUUGGGCCCGUCAUUCAGAAGUCAUGGCAGCCCACACAGCAGGGAAUAUCCAGGCCAAAGCUCAUGGUGCCCAGGCUGAUGGGCCCGACCUGACAUGCUCUCCCUGCCGGUGGUAUCAUCCCAUCCUUUACCGCUCUGGAUUGGACAAUUCCAGGUGCGGGAACCGCCCUGCUGGGCAAGGAGGGAGCGAUGGCCUGCACUGUAGCUGUGGAAGAGUCCAUAGCGCAUCACUACAACAACCAGAUCAGGACACUGAUGGAGGAUCCUGAAAAAUAUGAGGAGCUUCUGCAGGUGCUUAAGAAAUUUCGGGAUGAAGAGCUCGAGCACCAUGACAUAGGCCUUGAACAUGAUGCAGAACUGGCUCCAGCGUAUGCCGUUUUGAAGAAGGUUAUCCAGGCUGGAUGCAGCACGGCAAUAUAUCUAUCAGAAAGAUUUUAAGGGGAAAUGUGAUUUUAAAAUUGGACACCAUCCAAAGAUGAUGCCAUGAUGACAGAGGAUGUUAUUCUUGCAAGCAGUAGUUCCAAAGACGUGAUCUGAGCAAUCAUUCUUUGCAUGUGUUUGAUUCUCUCUCUACUCAAAGUGUGGUCCACGGACCAACAGCAGUGGUAUCCCCUGGGCGUGUGUUGGAAAUGCAGAACUUUGGGCUCCUCCUCAGACCUGCUAAAUCAGAACAUGCAUCUUAGCAAGAUGUGGUUUUAAAGUAUGUCCACAAAUUCCUUGAUGCCCCUCUGUUCAGAGGAACCUCAUGCUCCUUGCCGUGAGUGCGGACUGUACUUAACGACUCGUUUCUAGCAAGGUCGUGGACGUGAUGGAGUGUGACUGCCAAGGCUGCUAGGUCAUAAAAGACGUUGCAGCUUCUACCUUUCUCUCCAUCAUCCCUCGCCUGAGGGGGUAGCCAGCCGCCACGUUGUGAGGACACUCCAGCAGUUAAUCUGUGGAGAGGGUAACAUGGCCAAGAACCGAGGCCCCGUGCCAGCAGACAUGUUUGUGCCACAGCGUGGAAGUGAAUCCCCCAGCCCCAGUCAGGCCUUCAGAUGACGGCAGCCAGGAUCUUGACUGCGAUGUCACGAGAGACCCAGAGCCAGACCACCAGCUAAAUGACUCCUGAAUUCCUGCCUCUCAAGCGACCGUGUUAGAUAAUAAAUGUUUGUGGUUUUCA